AUGGGAGUGCUCUUCACCCAGGGCUUUGGCCACUACCAGUGGUUCUACACCAACAAUCUCCUCCGGGAAACCGUGCCCGAAUUCGACAUGAGGUAUGGGAAACACGUGCGGAACGCCUUCAUUGGAUUCACUUCCUCUGUGGUGGCCGACACCUUGUGCAAUCCCAUCCGGGUACUGAAAGUGAACCGACAAACCUCCUUAACCCGGACAGGCUUUUGGGCGGCAGUUGAUGGCAUCGUUGGUGUCCGGACACAGAUGUGUUCACUGGUUACUGGUUUGUUUCGUUGGGGCGCGUUUGAGUAA